AUGAACAUUGUUAAACUUCAGAAAAAAUUUCCAGUCCUUUCGCAGGAAGAUCUGUUUGCGGUAAUCGAGGACUUCCGCAAGAUCGACCUCGAUGAGAAGGGUUGGGUUGACAAGCUCCAGGUCAUCGAGGCCGUGAGCGAUUCGGGAAAGGCCAGCUACGAUACCGUGAGAGAGACAUUGAAGCAUGUAUCUGUGGAUGCAUCUGGACAUGUUGAAUUGGACGAUUAUGUUGAGCUUCGCGCUAAGCUCAAGGAAGGCCAGACGCAGCCCAAGCAGGCGGGGGGUAUUACUGAAAGCUCGGUGACCUCACCAAACGCCAAGGCUGGAAGAGUCAUUGUAGGCGGAAGAACUUCUGGAACUACUCACACCAUCAACGAUGAAGAGAGAGUGGAGUUCACGCGCCACAUCAACUCAGUGUUGGCUGGUGAUGCUGACAUCGGUGACAGAUUACCGCUUCCAUUGGACAACUUCCAGAUCUUUGAUGAGAUCACCGAUGGUUUGAUUUUGUCCAAGUUGAUUAAUGACUCCGUUCCGGACACCAUUGACACCCGUGUGCUGAACUUCCCCAAGAAGGGUAAGAAACUCAACAAUUUCACCAUGUCCGAGAACGCCAACAUCGUGAUCAAUUCGGCCAAGGCCAUCGGAUGUGUUGUGGUGAACGUUCAUUCUGAGGAUAUCAUUGAAGGAAAGGAGCAUCUUGUUUUGGGUCUCAUCUGGCAGAUAAUCAGAAGGGGUUUGCUUUCCAAGAUCGACAUUAAGCUCCACCCAGAACUGUACAGGCUGUUGGAGGACGACGAAACCCUGGAACAGUUCCUUAGGCUUCCACCAGAACAGAUUUUGCUGAGAUGGUUCAACUACCAUCUCAAGGCAGCCAAUUGGCACAGACGAGUGGCCAAUUUCAGCAAGGAUGUAAGCGAUGGUGAGAACUACACCGUGCUGUUGAACCAGUUGCAACCAGACCAUUGUUCUCUGGCUCCUCUGCAAACGACGGAUCUACUUACCAGAGCCGAGCAGAUUCUGACCAACGCCGACAAGAUUGGAUGCCGCAAGUAUCUUACGCCCAAUUCGCUCGUUGCUGGUAACCCCAAGCUGAAUUUGGCGUUUGUGGCGCAUUUGUUCAACACCCACCCUGGUUUGGAUCCUAUUGAGGAGCACGAGAAGCCCGAGAUUGAGGAGUUUGAUGCAGAGGGAGAGAGAGAAGCGAGAGUGUUCACUUUGUGGUUGAACUCUCUUGAUGUCGACCCGGUGAUUGUCUCUUUGUUUGAGGACCUCAAGGAUGGUACUAUCCUGAUCCAAGCCUUUGAGAAGGUGAUGCCAGGCUCCGUUAACUUGAAGCAUGUCAACAAGAGACCGUCAUCUGGAGCUGAGUUGUCCAGAUUCAAGGCUCUAGAGAACACAAACUAUGCGGUUGCUAUUGGAAAGGCCAACAGAUUCUCUCUGGUCGGAAUUGAGGGCUCUGACAUUCUGGACGGAUCCAAGAUACUUACGCUUGGUCUGGUAUGGCAGUUGAUGAGACGUAACAUCAACAACACUUUGGCCUCGUUGAGCCAGAAUGGAAAGGAGGUCACGGACUCAAACAUAUUGAAGUGGGCUCAGGAGAAGGCUUCUAAGGGAGGUCGUCAUUCGACCAUCAGAUCGUUCAAGGACCCUUCGUUGUCUACUGGUGUGUUUUUGCUGGAUGUGUUGAGCGGACUCAAACCAGGAUAUGUGGACUACGACCUGGUCACCGAAGGAAGAACCGAGGAGGAAAGAUACGCAAAUGCCAGAUUGGCUAUCUCGAUUGCCAGAAAGUUGGGAGCUUUGAUCUGGUUGGUUCCAGAGGAUAUCAACGAGGUGAGAUCUAGACUGAUUUUGACGUUUGUGGGCUCUCUGAUGGCCCUGGAUUCUUGA